GGUUCAUCGUAUUAUUUUCCAUAUACUAUAUACAAUCUACUGUGACAGAUGGUGGUUAUAGGUGUUGUCUUUUAAAAUGAUUUUCAUUGGCUGCUAGUAGCCACACACCACUUUUAAACGGUCAAGAUUUUGGUAAUUGUACAGAACUGAUAAGGAAAAGGGAAUAAUGGUGAACGUACGGAGAAUAAAAUUUCCUAUUUUUGUGAUUAUUUGUCAGGUAGUUUUUUUGGUGUUGUUUGGAGCAUUGGUGGAAUAUGACGACUCUGCAAAACCUAAUAACCAGGACAAAGCUCAUCCUGCCGCAGGAGGCAUUGUUGCUAGAAUGUAUCCCAUGUUCCAAGAUGUCCAUGUGAUGAUAUUUGUUGGCUUUGGAUUUUUGAUGACCUUCCUUAAACGAUAUGGCUACUCGGCUGUCAGUGUGAACCUUUUGAUAGGAGCGUUUGUAAUCCAGUGGGCCAUUAUCAUCCGAGGACUGCUGGCAGAACAUGGAAGUAAAUUUACCAUUAGUGUUUCAGAUAUGCUGACCGCAGACUUUGCUGCUGCUACAGUGUUAAUAUCAUUUGGAGCAGUGUUAGGAAAGACAGGGCCAAUACAACUACUGGUUAUGGCAAUUAUAGAGGUUGUUUUAUCACAAGUUAAUGAACAUAUAGGACUUGAAAUGUUACAUGUUGCUGAUGUUGGAGAGUCUAUGUUUAUUCACGCUUUUGGUGCUUAUUUUGGGCUGGCCGUAGCGAGGGUUCUAUACAACGAUAAAAGUGAGGAUAAUCCAGGGGAAAGCACAGUGUAUCAUUCAGAUUUAUUGUCAAUGAUUGGUACCGUGUUUCUGUGGUUAUAUUGGCCGAGUUUUAAUGGUGGAGGCGUUACAGGCGACGAACAACACCGAGCUGUCAUUAAUACCUAUCUUUCAUUAACUGCCUGUACACUCGUAACAUUUGUAGUGUCUGCCUUAAUCGAUGAAAAAGGAAAAUUUGAUAUGGUACACAUACAGAAUGCCACACUAGCAGGUGGAGUGGCAGUCGGUACUGCAGCACAUAUGCCUCUUAACCCCUGGGGAGCUAUGCUUCUCGGUGCAGUUUCUGCUGUCAUUUCUACCAUCGGUUUUAAGUAUAUUACCCCAUGUCUAGCUAGCAAAAUUAAGCUUCAUGACACCUGUGGUGUUCAUAACCUCCAUGGCUUGCCUGGAAUUCUGGCUGCAGUAGCAGGUGCUGUUAUGGCAGCUCUCUCAUCUAAAGAGGAAUGGGGAACCAGUCUCUAUGAGAUUUUCCCUGAGAUGGCUGCAUCAAACUCUACAGGAAGUGUGAUGCCGGGUUCAGACCGAUCAGCUACAGUACAAGGUGGAUACCAGAUGCUUGCCUUAGUUAUCACCAUAGCUAUUGCCAUUGUUGGCGGAAUAAUUACUGGGUUUAUAAUGAAGCUACCAAUUUGGGACAGUCCUGAAGGAGAAAAGUUCUUUGAUGAUAAUCAUAAUUGGAACGUUGCAGAAGAAGGCUUCCCUGGACUUCCGAAAUCAAAGUAUGAAAGUGGGAAAAGUAAUGACGAUACUCAAAUCAAUCUUAUGUCAGAUGAAACGAAAUUCAGCUGAGAGCAUCAAAGACAAAUAUAUAAUAAGUACACCUAUUUUAUCUUUACUUUGCUAGGUCGUUGAUGCAUGGACUUGGGCAUGUUUUUAUUUGUUUUUUGCUUUAUUAUAUUGAUAUUGCACGUAUUUUGUUUCUUCAAUUUUUCUUAAUCUACUUGUGUAAAAUAACAGUUUUUUUAAUGUUCUAAUGGUGAAUUAUUUUUAUAAGAAUAUUCUUUCUUCUUGCAACGUAAGCAAUUACAUUUUUUUAAAUGAAUCUUAUCUCUACGGAAGCCGGUUAAUAUCAGGGUGUAAUUUUAUUUUUAAGUCGUUAUAAAGACUUAGAUAACUCGUUAUAACAACUUAGCUAACUCGAUAAUGGACAUGGAAUCAGUCUAAAGUAGAUCCAACUGUAACACCUUCACAAAGAUAGUGAGACGUAGUCCAAAUAAUUAUGACAUCUUGAAAGGCUAUUUUAAUUUUUUGCUGUGACGAGUAGAAACAAAAAGCUUGAUAUAACUCUUAAUUUCAUGGUUGUGGCAUUAAAAAUGUAGAUUUAAGAAUUAAUUGAAUGCUUCUUUUUAUAAUGUUAUAAGGUUGUAAAAGCGUUGACCGUGCACGCAUUUCUAAAAUGAAGCGCAGCGCUUCAUACAAAAUGUGGGCCGGUUAUAUAAGAAGAACUCAAUUCUUAAAUAAUCAUUUGGACUAGGUAUAUCUAACUUUGAAAUUCACAGUAAAAAUUUGUAUAGCAAAAUUGUGCAAUGAAAAUUUGUAACAGCCUAAAAAAAAAACCAAAAAAAAAACAAACCAUGGUCUUUCCACAAGGUUUGUACAAACAGGGUUAAAAGUUUGUCUUACCUAGGAGGUUUUUUUUUAUCCUUUUUAACAAAUUCCUGAUACAAAGUCGGUUGUUUAAAAAUGAACUAUUGUUAGUUGAAAAUGUGUAUGACAUAAGCAAACUGUAUGUGUGUGUGUGUGUGUGUGUAAAUAAAAAGAAAAGUUAUAUUCUACUUGUAAUAAUAUACCUUUUUACACAAUUAUUUGUAUUUUUUUUUUGCAUUAUUACAUAUAAUAUAUCAUGAAAUAUAUGUAUUUAUGUUAUAUACAUAUAGGAAUAUUAUCUUUUUUUAUAUAAUUUACUGUUACGUAAGUUGCACUGAUAAAAAAAAUGAAAUAUGUAUUAGUAGU